AUGCAGCCAUGGACCGGCCGAGGUAGUUCCCUCAGCGCCCUGCGACCCUUGACCUGCUUUGCCGUACGGCCAUUUACGACAAGCUCCAUUCUCCAACGAUCGAGAAAAUCAAAAGAGCCUCCGGUGACAGACAAGAAGACAAAGAAAAAGACAGCAACACAGAUACCGGAUGCGAGGGCUAUUCGAAAAGACAUUGCGGCCGCACGAGAUUUCACCCAAUUAGUCGAGGCAGCAUUGCGCGAUGUGAAAAAGAAGGCGAGCCGAAACAAAAACGAAUUGGAGGGAUGGACAACGUUCGAGCGUCAGGUUUUGAUUUCUUGCAAAGCAGAUGACAAGAAAUCUUCGAAGACCGGCGGCUCUCUCCAUCAAACGAAAACGUCUUUGCAGAGAGCAUAUUUUUCUAACGGUGCGCAAGGUCUUCGAGAGGAGUUGGAAUAUUUGCUGCACGCAGAAAACCUCACGCGCAAGUAUUCGGCGCCACUGUUGGAGGCGCAGAAGCAGAUUACCGACCUUCGAUAUCCAGCCGAGUGGUACCCGCGAGCACGAUCGGCGCAGCGAACAAUUCAUCUCCACGUCGGACCGACGAAUUCUGGAAAGACAUAUCACGCUUUGCAACGGCUACGGAACAGCAAAAACGGGUUCUACGCAGGCCCGCUCAGACUCCUUGCACAAGAAGUAUACCACAGAUUUAAGGCAGAGGGCGUCCCAGUCAGUCUAGUGACUGGAGACGAUGUCAAAGCCCCGGAGAACAAUGAAGUUCCGCGUAUUGUCAGCAACACGGUGGAAAUGGUCAGUCUCGGUCAGGAAUACGAUGUUGGAGUCAUCGAUGAGAUCCAGAUGAUCUCCAACCCCUCACGAGGAUGGGCUUGGACAAGAGCGUUCCUUGGAUGCCAGGCUGCCGAGCUGCAUCUUUGUGGAGAAACUCGGACAGUGCCAUUGAUCAGAGAACUGUGCGCGCUCACAGGAGACAAAUUGGAGAUACACCGUUACGAAAGACUCAACUCGCUAGAGGUCAUGCCGCAUAGUUUGAAGGGGAACCUGAUGGAGCUCCAAAAAGGAGACUGUGUUGUGGUUUUCUCUCGGAAAGGUAUUCACGCCAUGAAGGCAGACAUCGAGAAGUCGACGGGAAGACGUGCGGCUAUCGUUUACGGUGGUCUGCCCGCAGAGAUCCGAACCCAGCAAGCCAACCUGUUCAACGACCCAGACAAUGACUACGACUUCCUAGUUGCCAGUGAUGCCAUUGGAAUGGGUCUGAAUUUGAGUUGCAAGCGUGUCAUCUUCGAUACUUUGGUCAAGCGUGGCCAGGAUGGACUGCAACGUCUCACUGUGCCUGAAAUCAAGCAAAUCGGUGGGCGUGCUGGCCGUUAUCGCCCAGCCAACGUUAAGACGAAGGAAGGCCAGGAGGAAGAGCCCAACGUGGGCUUGAUCACUUGUCUUGAAGAAGUCGACAUUCCGUUUAUUCAACAGGCCAUGAAAAUAGAGCCCCCUCCUCUGACCGCAGCGGGAAUUAUGCCUCCAGAUUCCGUUUUCCGGAAAUUUGCUGCCUACUUCCCGCCUGGUGUACCUUUUGAGUAUUUGGUCAAGCGUACGCUAGAAAUCGCCCAGGUCGGCCCACUGUUCUUCAUGUGUGACCCCAAGGGUCAGUUGGAGAACGCAGAAAUUGUCGAUACAGUGCAAGGCUUGCCAAUCGAGGACCAGUUGAAAUUCAUGGUUUCCCCCAUGGAUGUUAAAAACGCAAGAUCUCGUGAUGUCACUGGCGCGUUAGCUGACUGUGUCUCCUAUCAUGAGGAAGGUCUCCUUCUGGACAUCCCUCAUCUUAACCUUGAAGUCCUCGAGCAGCCUGUAUCUGGCAGCAACGACUACAUGCAUGAAUUGGAAAGUCUUCACAAGGCCGUCAUUCUUUACUUGUGGCUCAGUUUCCGAUUUGGUGGUGUUUUCACAAACCGAACACUGGCCAGUCACGUGAAGGAGCUUGUUGAAGAAAGAAUGGUUCGUGCCCUGACCGAAUUCUCUGCUAAUAAGAGAUUGCGAAAGGGCUCUUCUCUCAAGCGCCAGAUUGCUCUGCAGAAACAAUUGCUCGAGCAGCAACGCAUGGGAGUUGCUUCGGAAGACUGGAGCGUCCAGGCGGAACAGGCACAAGCCAAUAUGUCUGAGGAAGGGGCCUCGGAGGAGGAAUCUUUGGGGGAGUCAUCUGCUGAACCUUCUGAACUCUCCCAGGACGAGCUCUCCAGGGUGGAAACCUCUGAUUCGCAAGGCUCACCAUCUGAAACUGAAUCUUCCUCUGCUGAAGCGGAAUCGCCGUUGGAAAAUUCGUGGUAUGAUUCAGAGACCGACAAAAAGGAAUAA